AUUUUAUGACGGAAUUUACCCUUUUUUCAGUUGAGCGAACCAGCCAAAACCGAGCCGCUCGGCUCAGAGGCAAACACCUAAAAAACCACCGAAACCCUUCACAUUUCUCCACCGACUUCAUCUCAACGGCGAGAAUAAACAACAACGCCACCACCAGAGUCCUUGCAUGCCAACCUAGCAAAACCUGACAGCAAAGACUGCACAUAUUCACAAAGAUGAACGCACCACAAUUAUUCCGAAGGACGACCCCCUUCGUCUGCCGCGCCUGUCGUGCCGCCCGCAGCAGACACGAGCACAGCAGCACACCGGCGACGAUAGCUGCCGCCCGCCUUAUCCGCCACUUCUCCUCGAGGCCGGCCGCCGCGAGGGCUGCCACCACUUUUCAGUCGUACAGUCUCCCUAGCCACCCGCCGACGGCGCGGCCGCGGAACGCAGAUGUGUCGGUAGAGACGUCCAUCACGCAGCCGAUCGAGAUGCCGCCGCUGCCGCGCGUGCACGAGACGAGACCGCCGCAGGAUGUCGGUUCGCUGGGGAGCAGCAGGUCGGGCGGUGAGGAGAAGCCCCUGAUACCCGAGGUGGAGGCGCAGGAGUCCAAGCAGGAGUUUGUACCGGAGGCGUCGAGGGAGAAGGCGCCGCAACAAGAACAAAAGCAGCCGCAAGCAGCGGCAACACAACCGACAGAGGAGAGCAAGGCGUCGACAGGCGCGGCGCCGCGAAAGUCGAGACUGCGGGCGCCGCGCAAGGCGGCCAUGAAGCUCACGCCGGCGGCCGUGGAGCAACUGCGGACGCUGCUGGAUCAGCCGGAGCCCAAGCUCAUCAAGGUCGGGGUGCGGAACCGUGGAUGCAGCGGGCUGGCGUACCACCUCGAGUUUGUGGACAAGGCGGGUCCGUUUGACGAGACAGUCGAGCAGGACGGCGUCAAGGUCUUAAUUGACAGCAAGGCGCUGUUCAGCAUCAUUGGCAGCGAAAUGGAUUGGAUUGAGGACAAGUUGAGCCAGAGGUUCUUCUUCCGGAAUCCCAACAUCAAGGAGGAAUGCGGCUGUGGCGAGAGCUUCAUGGUAUGAGUGGACUGGUCUUGAGGUGAUGCAGUCUCUCCAGACUAUUCUCUCACAGGCUUGACUGGUAUCACGAGCUAUGAUUUCUCGGACUGUACAACAGAUGGCAAUAACGAGCGUUUUUGAUCAUUUACAUCCUAAUGAGGUACAUUGCAUUGUUGGAGCUUCCAUUGGACGCUAUAGACUUCUUCGGAGCAUCAUUUGAACGGAAACAUAAUAAAUAUAUCGCUAUUGGCAGCCA